CUUCAGGUGUUAGAAACCAGGCUGUGAUUGGUUGAAAUGUGCAGGUGUUUGUUUUCCACCUUUGGCUCUGACUGCAUUUCUUGGGCGGAGCUGCAUUUUAUGAGACAGAAAGGGCAGGUAAACUUCUCCAACCUGCUUUAGUCGCUGUUGCUUUCAGUGAGGUUAAGACUACCUUGUCUCCAGUGCGGUUCAGUUUCUGUCCUCUACAGUGUAGUUCAAACUCUCUUCUUGCCUCAAGUGAGGUUCACAAAUUUUUGGCCCCAGUGAAGUUUAGACGCCAUCAUCAUCAGUUCAGGACAGCUGCUCUCAUUUCUCCAGUGCACAUCAUAUGUUUUGAUCUCCAGCACAGUUCAGUCUGUGAUUUGCAGUCAGGAUGAUGGAGGAGGUGUCCAUAAGUGUGGUGCUUGAUGCACAGGCCAUGGAGCAGAUGUCUGAGGAGGAAAUCUUAGCUACGCUGGUGUCAGACUCCCUUCCAAAACAUGAGUUGCCCAUUAAAAAGCCUAAACUAAAGGACUUUAAACCAGAUGAUCCUCUCCAGAGAUACCAGGCAGAGAAUCAGAAGCUUCAGGAGGCCAGUCUGCGUCUGGAGCAGGAGAACGAUGCCCUCGCUCACAGACUCGUCACAGGCAAGAUCGCUCUAAGGAAUGCAUUAGACCAGGCAGAGGACCAGGUGGAGAAACUGACCAAGGAACUUCUAAAAGCGCAGCAGGACCUGAUGGUGGCUGAGGAGGAGAGGAGGGGGAAAGAGGAGGAGGCUGCACAGAUGAAAGAGGUAUUCAGGGAAAAAAUGGAUAAGGCAGAAGCUGAAAUCAUGAGGACAAACAGCAUCAUCACCGAAUACAAGAAGAUUUGCUCUCAGCUUAAUGCCAAGCUGGAAAAGCAGCAGUCUAAAGCUGAAGAGGAGCUUCAACAGAUCAAGAGGAAGAUAAAAGAGUGUCAGCACUGCAGAAACAUCCUGGAUCUAAAAGGUUCGGCGCAGACUGACCGAGACAUCUCUCACAGCUCGGCUCAGGACAAGGAGAAGAACUCUCUCAGACAGCAGGUGCGGCAGCUGGAGAAGGAGCUCGCACAGACCAAGCUGCAGGUGGUGGAGUCACAUUGCAAGAUCCAGGAGCUGGAGCACCAGAAGGGGGAACUAGUAAAUGAGGUCCAGGCUGCUAGGAGCACCUGGCUCAGGAAGACCCUGGGCUCACUGGGGGUCUCCAACAGUAACAACAGUCUGCAGCAGUCGGUCCACAGCACUGGCUCAGGCUGGGCCAUGAUCCGGAGACUCUCCUGGACUCCUCGGGAGGGGAAAUCAGCAGGGGUGUGAUGGAAAAAAGAGAAAGGCGAGCUCUGGAAAAGAGACUGGGACACUGAUGCCACAGGGUCAGAAGACGGAGCCCUGACUAGAGGAGUGAACAGUAAAGGCAAUAAAAGAUGAGCUACAAACCAUGGAUCUCUUGAAAUUUGGUGUUACCAUUGCUUAUUAAUGGAUUAUGCUCAGAUAUAACAAGAACAGAAAGAGUUUGCUUUAUGGUGAGUGAAUUAAACCACUGAGUUUUAUUCUUAUAGUUCCAAGUCUGUUUCCUCUGCUGACCAAAGGUAAUUAAAGAUAAACUUCAUACUGGAAUAAGGAUGAGGGUUAGACUGAGAGACCGAGAGAAAUGACAGAUCAUUUUAAUAUAUUUUGCUGCUACCAUGUUUUAAAUGAGCUGAAACAUGCAAACAUUCAGAUACAGGUCGGAACAGGAUCAUAAGCAAAAGAAAAACAAGACUGACAACUGACAUGUAGAGAAGAGGUUCUCAGACCUGGCAACCAACACUUUCCAAAUAUUUGUACCUCCCCUCAGAACACACAAUUACAAACUCCUAAACCCUUUAACUUCCUCACCAAGUGUCUGUUGCACAAAGUUCUAUAAUUCCAUUCAUUAAAACAUUUACCUAACAUAUCAUACCUUCCACUAAACAUGAUCAACAUGUGUGGAGGAAUUUACGGAUAAGAACUGGAAAGGCAAACUGCUGAAAGGCCAUAUAGUAGUUUAUUAGUUUAGCAUAGCCCUCCUGAUUGGUAGAGAAGGUUCAAUCGGGAUUAGUUAUGUUCAACGCUUUCUUUAUAAACAACUGCAGUGAUUCAUCAUUCUGUAGUCCUUGUAAGCCCAUAUUUGUUGUUCAGUAUCUAAGCUGGCUUUUAAAAAAGCUUCCCUCUAUCAGAAUCUGUGAUAAAUAAAUAUGUUCAGAACCCUGUUUGUUA